UAGCAAUGAGUCUAAGUGUUCAAGCACUCUGUAUAAAGGAAGAGAUAGUCCCUGCAUUCUCUACGUGAAAUAGAGUCCUUCCCCAUAAACAAAGAGGUCAUACUUAGAGAUCUGCAGAAGGCAAUUGUUCAUUUUGCUGACUUCAUAGAUACUUCAAACUGUAGUGCAGCAACUGAUAGCCAGAAAUGGGGGGCCUUGUGGUGAGUACUGUGUUGACUCCCUUUGUACAAUUUUGGGGGAGAUCAUGGAAUUUGGUAGACAUAAUUACAGCGGCUACUUCUCUGGCCCUCCACGGCCUCUGUUUGUUUGCUCCGUUUCAUUUCACAUGGGCUGCCUUUUGGGUAGCCGUCGCACUCCAUAUUCUCACUGGUUUGGGAGUCACUCUGGGUUUCCAUAGGCACCUUGCGCACAAGAGUUUACGGCUUCCCAAAUGGCUCGAGUACUUGUUUGCCUAUUUCGGGGUUCUCUCACUUCAGGGAAGUCCGAUAGAAUGGGUGAGCACACACCGAUACCAUCACCAGUUUACAUACACAAAGAAAGACCCUCACAGCCCCUUGAAGGGUUUCUGGUUUAGUCAUAUGGGUUGGAUCCUUGAUAGCACUUCUCGGCGAAAAAAUGGAGGAUUGAAGAACGUUGAGGAUAUGAAGAAGCAGUGGUUCUAUAGAUUUCUUCAUCGUACAUUCGUUUUACACGUAAUUGUUUCUGGAGCUUUGCUUUAUGCCCUAGGUGGACUACCUUUCUUUAUUUGGGGAAUGGGAGUGAGGACGGUAUAUGUUUUCCACCUCACCUUGCUAGUAAACUCGGCCGGUCACAUCUGGGGAAAACAAGUAUGGAACACCGGCGACCUGUCAAAGAACAAUUGGUUGUUGGGAUGGAUCGCACUCGGAGAAGGGUGGCACAACAACCAUCAUGCAUUUGAAUACUCAGCUCGACAAGGUCUGGAAUGGUGGCAAGUCGACUUGACUUGGUAUGUAAUCACAGCUCUUCAAGCAAUUGGGUUGGCAACUGACGUCAAAGUUCCCACUGAAUCUCAGAUGCGUCGCAAAGCCCUCAAGAAAUAUUGAAUUGAAUACCAACAAUUAUGUUAGCUAUUUGCAUGCAAUAAUUUCAUGCAAUCGCGUACGUACGUGGUAGAUGCAUGUAUGUCUUAAUUAGUAGUGUACUAGUGUAUGGUGAUGAACUAUGUAUGAACAGGACAUUAAAUUAAUAGAACUUGAA